CAAACAUCUUCCAAAAAUCCAAUUGCAAAUAUUUAAAAAUGGAAAAGGAAAAUAUAGAUAUAUAUAUAUAUUCUUGCUAUUCUCAUCAUGUCAAUAAAAUUACAUUCCAGAUAAGAUAAGCACCUACAAAAUAAUGACAUGUAUUUAACCCCAUAUAAUGAUAUAUAUUCAACCCUAUAUGUCUAUGAAGAUCUCAUUAGUGAUUAAGAUAAAAAUUCAUUGAGUGAUUAACUCAACUCACUAUGACUUUUCUCUCAAUAACAAGAUGGGGGCAUUUGGAGGGAGCCAACCAUCUCCUUUGAUAGUACAAAAAUGAUAUGCCAACCAUGUAUAUAGUACACAAUUAAUAUUCUCAACAUCAUACUUUUCUUUGCCUAUAAAAUGCCUCGUUACCCUAGCUUCUCAUAAAACACAUUGAUGUACCACAAGUGAGAGAGAAACAUCAUAUAAUAAUACUCUCUUCUUCUUCUUCUUCUUCUUCUGCAUCUUCUUCUCUUCCCCUAUCUUUUGACAUUUUCUUCUUCUUCUUCUUCUUCUUCUUAAAAAGAUGUCAAGAUCAGGGACAGAACCACUAAGUGUUGGAAGAGUAGUGAGUGAUGUUGUGGACAGUUUUGUCCCAAGUGUAAAAAUGACUGUCUUUUACAACAACAAACAAGUUGUUAAUGGUCAUGAGUUCACUCCUUCCCUUAUUAUGUCAAAACCUAGAGUUGAAAUUGGUGGAGAAGAUAUGAGAACAUCUUAUACACUCAUAAUGACAGAUCCAGAUGCCCCAAAUCCUAGUGAUCCGUACUUAAAAGAACACCUUUAUUGGAUGGUCACAGACAUUCCUGGUACAACUGAUGCAUCUUUUGGAAAGGAAAUUGUGAGUUAUGAAGCUCCAAAACCAAUGGUGGGAAUUCACAGAUUUGUAUUUAUAUUAUUUAAGCAGAAUGGAGGAAGACAAACAGUGAGGGCUCCAACCAUAAGAGACUAUUUCAGUACAAAAGUGUUCUCUCAAGACAAUAAUCUUGACCAACCAGUUGCUGCAGUAUACAUCAACGCACAGAAAAAACCUGCGGCUAGAAGAAGGUCAUAAAUAAUAAAUCAAAUUAUUCAUUUUUACUAAAUGAAUAAUUUUUUUUAAUCUCCAACUCAAGAACAACAAAGACAAUAAUCUCUUCUUCUUCUUCUUCUUCCUUUUUAUCUUUUUUUUGGGUCAAUGUCAUGGUCUAUUAUGUUAAACAAAACAAGUGUCUGCAGUCGAAAAAUAAUAAAUAUUUUGUCUUUUUUUGUUUUUGUUUAUUUACUGGUUUUAUUUAUGAUUUGGCAUUUGGGUCUCUUGUUGUAAUAGAACUACCUUAAACAGGUUUAGUUUGUUUGUCUCCUUCUUUCAUGUUGGAUAUAUGGUGUUUUUAUCUAA